UCCCGGAACCAUGCCUACUGUCCUCGGUGGCAAAGGGAAACUUUCCAUUGUCUCUUUUUUGCUCCGAUGCGCAUAUUCUCAGGUAACAAGAAGCCAACACAACAGCUGUGCCAAAGAUAUUCUGGAGGACAUGACUCAGUCCUGGCCGUCCCAGCAAGCCUUAGGGGGUGACCAGACCCAGCGAAUUCUCUACAACCAUAAGGAUGGAAAACAGUCAACUACACAACAAAGGCAAAAUCGGGGGGAUGUUCCACUACGAAUGACCCGUCACCCCCACGUGGCGCCUCACAAAUCGAUGCUUGCUGAUGACCUGAAGCUGAGCAGUGAUGAAGAUGACACCCAAAGGGCGACUGAUGAGUCAGCAACCUGGGAUGGACACAGCCUGUCAGCACAGCGAGCGCACACACAUAGCAGGCGGGUGAGACAUUCCAGCUCAGACUCCUCAGGCUCAGACUCCACUGCUGAAUCGGUGAGCAGUAGUUUUCAUUCCAGGAGCUCCAGCCCAGAAGCUCACCCAGAUCCUGCAUCGCCUGCCAACACUCAGCCCCCGCGUGACAACAAGGAGACCAAUCACCCCUCUGCUGCCCAGUGGCAGUUGGAUAAGUGGCUGAAGAAGUCCCGGAAAAAAACUGCCAUCAGUGAGCAUUAUCCAGCCCAGAGCAAUCCAGGACGCCUGCCCUCUCCACACACCCAGCGGGCCCCAUCUCCAGCUAGGUGCUGGGACAGCAAUCAAGAAUACAGCCCGAGCCAAAGCCCUAUUCCCAGCCCACAGUUCAAUUACAGCCACAACAGUAGCCCCUUACCGAGCCCCGGGUACAGCUUCUGCCCCAGCCCAAGCCCAUUCCCCAGCACCUGUCCAAGUCCUAGCCCUAGUCCAAGGCACAGUUCGAUCCCCAGUCCAGUACCAAGUGUUUGCCCAAGUCCGUGUGGGAGCCCGAGAGCUAGCCGUAGCCCUAGCCCUAUACCUCUAGGUAGAGAUCCUCCCAGAAGCCCAAGUCCCAGCUUGCCUCCUUCCAGGGUCCGUCACUACCCCGAGGUUCAGAGUCAUCAUCAGCUGAACCAAACGCAACCUAGCGCAACAACCACUCCCCACAGGACGAAAAGUAGGUCAUGGUUUGCUACGUUGCCUAACACUGAUUCCAAGAGCAAGCCCACAAAUAGUACACAGCCUAAGUCUAGACCUGCACAGAACCACGACCAAAGCCAAAAUAAAUCCAAGGCCCCUGCAGUUUUGGACUCUAACGAUAGUCAAAGCCACAAAUCUAGAUCUAAGCCUAAUUUUCAUCCAAGCUCUAAACAACUUGUUGAGCCUCCCAAAGCCAAACAGACGCAUUUUGGGCAAAAUAGUUUUUCGAGCAACUCUAAACACAAGAACCGGCCUACAGUUCAACCUAGAUCACAACAUAGUCCCACAAGAGCAAAGAAUUUAGCUCCCAGUAGUCGAACUGGUCACAGUUCUCAUUCCCAAUCCACCUCUAAAGCUGUCAGUUAUUCUAAUACUGGGUCGAACUUUAGAUCCAGUCCUAGCCUAAAACCUAAGGCUACAGUCCCAGCUCCUGUGCAUGGUAUUCAAAGCAAAACAACACAGAAGAAACCCCAGUCCAAGGAACGGGAGGUAGACCAUAGAGAAGCUAAUCUAACCCAAGCAGAGGGGAGAAAACACGAGAGAAAAGAGGACAGACAUAAGCAAGUCGAACAAGGGAAACAGGAGAGAAAGGAAGACAGGAGGCUGGCGGAGGAGCAGCUACUGAGACGUCCGUGGAUCCAGAGUUCAGAAGACGAGGACGAGGAAGAGGAGGAAGGAGCAAAGGAGAGGCAGAGGAGGAGAGAGGAGACAGAAAGAGCGGAAAACAGAAGAAGAAGGGAGCAGCAACAUAGACACGAAUGGCAAACAGUCCAGGCCAAACACAGACUGCCUACCAGCAUCGAGCGACACCACCCUCAAGACAACUCACAACACCCAGGCAGGACAAACAAGGGAGGGAGAAGUGAAAAGGAGAGGCCAUCACACCCAGACCCUUCACCCACUCCUUCACGUACCUUGACUCAUCCACCAUCUUCCUCAUCCUCUGCCUCUUCCUCUUCAAAUUCAGAUUCAGAAUCUGAAUAUCAAGCCCAAAUCACCAAAGUUCCUGCAGAUUCUACCUCCCACAAUAGACUCACCCAGAGAGGCCAACGAGGCCCAGGCAGAACUGACACCAACAGACCGAAGGUGGUGCACCCAAGUGGACCCACCUCAAGUAACCCAAGUGAGGGACAGCAGAGUGAGGGGAAGCAGAAACUUUACACCCUGGUCCCAUUUGGGCGAGGUGACAAGGCCACAGCGUCCCAUCAGCGCGGGCUGAGAAAUCUAGUGGUACAGAUAGACCUCUGUCUUCUCAAAAGGGUCCCGGACAGCACUACUAAUUCCCCUGUUAAGAAACCUUCCUCUUCAUCCACCAAGGACAAGCAAACAGAGGCUAUGAAACACCUAUUUAUGCCAGACACUGAGACGAAAGACGGCAAAAGGAAACGCAAGCUGGAGAAUGGUGUGUCACACAAAGAAAGCAAGAGGAGUAUUCCUUAUACGAAUGACCUCUCAGGCCACACAGAGUCUUCAUUUCAAGCUGAGCACAACUUUUCGAGCGUGACCACACACAAUGGGUACUUGGUGGAGUACUUGGAUAGUAAGAGGCCAUUGUCACCCCUGUCUCCACUGUCAGACAGCCCUGAGUCCAACAAGCUGUCCACCAAAACAAAGAAAGCUGAGGUGCAUCACAUUCACAAUCAUAAGAACAAAGACAAGAAUAGAGAUUCUGCUGUAAAGCCUAAGAUGGAGGUGGAAUGUGUAAAAGUGUCAGGACAGCCCCAGCCACCGUCUGAGUCCUGGGGCCCUGCAGGACACAGGGGGACCAUGCCAAACCAUGAAACUACCCACCAUGCUGAGUACUACUUACAUGAAGCCAAAAGGAUGAAGCAUCGUGCAGAUGCAAUGGUGGACAAGCUUGGAAAGGCUGUGAAUUACAUUGAUGCUGCUCUCUCUUUCAUGGAAUGUGGGAAGGCAAUGGAGGAAGGGCCACUUGAGGCAAAGUCUCCCUAUACAAUGUACUCAGAGACUGUGGAGCUUAUAAGGUACGCAAUGAGGCUAAAGAGCCACUCCGGCCCUGGGGCCAGACAGGAAGACAAACAGCUGGCCGUUCUGUGUUUCCGAUGCCUUGCCCUCCUUUACUGGCAGAUGUUUCGUUUAAAGAAGGACCACGCAUUAAAAUACUCAAAAGUACUGCUGGACUAUUUUAAGAGUUCCCCCAAAGUGCCUAUAACGCCACCCGGUUGGAAUGACACUGAGAAGGAUAUCGGAGGACCCCCUUCUUCGCUCUCACCCAAUGCCAAACACCUCAGACGAGGUUCACAUGGAGGCACCACCUCUCCCUCUCUUAUAAGCAUUCCCCAACGUAUCCACCAGAUGGCAGCAAACCACUUGAACAUUACCAAUAGUGUGCUGUACAGCUAUGAGUACUGGGAGGUGGCAGACAACCUUGCAAAGGAGAGUAAAGAGUUCUUCAACUACUUGAAUACUUUGUCUGGGCCACUGACGCUUCACAGUAGCAUUGCUCAUGCAGUCCAGUACACCAGACAAGCUCUCCAGUGGAUCCGCAUUAGUGCCAAACUUAACUAAAUGUCCACUAGAUCUCCAGGCUUCACUUAGAAGA